UCUUCUUCUUCUUCUUCUUCUUCGCCCGGUCGUCGGCAAAAAUUCAUCUCUCUACUGUAAAUCUAAGAUAAAAACGUUACCAAAAAGCAUUUAAAAAAAAGGUAGAGAGAGAAACCUCUUCCUCAUCUUUCUUCAUCUAGCAGUGCCACACACAGAUCUUUUGGCAGGUUCAUUGGCGUGUGUAGUUUUAUAACUCACACACACACAAAAGCAAAAAGAAAGGAUUUGAGCGUUAUACUAAAUGUCUGGGUCAACAAAAGUAUUGGAUCCUGCAUUUCAAGGAGCUGGGCAGAAACCAGGAACUGAAAUCUGGAGAAUCGAGAAUUUUGAAGCAGUUCCAGUGCCAAAGUCUGACCAUGGAAAGUUCUAUAUGGGAGACACAUACAUUGUCUUGCAGACAACACAGAACAAAGGAGGUGCUUAUCUGUUUGAUAUACAUUUCUGGAUUGGUAAAGAUACAAGCCAGGAUGAAGCUGGAACAGCAGCUGUUAAAACAGUUGAACUAGAUGCAGUUCUUGGAGGGCGUGCUGUUCAACACCGGGAGAUUCAGGGUCAUGAAUCUGACAAAUUCUUGUCUUACUUCAAGCCAUGUAUUAUACCAUUAGAGGGUGGUGUUGCGUCUGGUUUCAAAACACCUGAAGAAGAAGUGUUUGAGACCCGGUUAUAUACCUGCAAAGGAAAACGUGCUAUCCGUUUGAAGCAGGUUCCUUUUGCCCGCUCAUCGCUGAAUCAUGACGAUGUAUUUAUCUUGGACACCAAGGAAAAAAUCUAUCAGUUCAACGGUGCAAAUUCAAACAUUCAGGAGAGAGCUAAAGCUUUGGAAGUCGUUCAGUAUUUGAAGGACAAGUAUCACGAAGGAACUUGUGAUGUUGCUAUAGUUGAUGAUGGAAAAUUAGAUACAGAAUCAGAUUCUGGUGAGUUUUGGGUCCUCUUUGGUGGUUUUGCUCCAAUCGGAAGGAAAGUCGCUAAUGAUGAUGAAACUAUCCCGGAGUCAACUCCACCUAAGCUUUAUUGCAUCACUGAUGGUCAGAUGGAACCUAUAGACGGUGAUCUAUCCAAAUCUAUGCUGGAAAACACUAAAUGCUACCUCUUGGACUGUGGUUCUGAGGUAUUUAUUUGGGUUGGCCGAGUAACUCAAGUGGAUGAGAGGAAAGCUGCUAGUCAAUCUGCUGAGGAAUUUCUUGCUAGUGAAAAUAGGCCAAAGGCAACACGCGUUACACGUGUUAUCCAAGGUUAUGAGUCCCAUUCUUUCAAGUCCAACUUUGACUCUUGGCCAUCAGGCUCGGCUACUCCUGGUAACGAAGAAGGACGGGGAAAAGUUGCUGCUCUACUGAAGCAACAAGGUGUUGGGCUCAAGGGUAUUUCGAAAAGUGCACCAGUGAAUGAAGAUAUUCCACCUCUGCUUGAAGGCGGUGGAAAGUUGGAUGUUUGGUAUGUUGAUGGUAAAGCCAAGACUCCGUUAGCUAAAGAAGAUAUUGGCAAGCUCUAUUCUGGGGACUGCUAUUUGGUCCUUUAUACCUAUCAUUCUGGUGAUAGGAAAGAAGACUAUUUCUUGUGCUGCUGGCUUGGAAAGAAUAGCAUUCAGGAGGACCAAGACACAGCAGUUAGACUGGCGACUACAAUGUCAAACUCGUUAAAGGGAAGACCUGUUCAGGGCCGUAUAUACGAGGGUAAAGAGCCUCCACAAUUUGUUGCUCUUUUCCAACCUAUGGUGGUCCUAAAGGGUGGUUUGAGCUCUGGUUACAAAAACAGUGUGGAAGAGAAAGGUUCAACAGAUGAAACCUACACACCAGAAUCAAUUGCACUAAUUCAAGUAUCUGGGACUGGAGUCCACAAUAAUAAGGCACUGCAAGUUGAAUCGGUGGCAACAUCUUUGAACUCGUACGAGUGCUUCCUUCUGCAAUCUGGUACUUCCAUGUUCCUUUGGCAUGGAAAUCAAAGUGGGCAUGAACUGCUAGAACUGGCCGCUAAAGUUGCUGAAUUCUUGAAGCCUGGGAUUACUCUCAAGCAUGCCAAAGAAGGAACAGAGAGCUCAACCUUUUGGUUUGCACUUGGAGGAAAGCAGAACUUCAUCAGCAAGAAGGCAUCCUCUGAGAUUGUCAGGGAUCCUCACUUAUUCUCAUUUUCUUUCAACAGAGGAAAGUUUCAGAUUGAAGAGAUCCACAACUUUGCUCAAGAUGACCUAUUGACUGAGGAUAUAUAUUUACUUGACACUCAUGCUGAAGUAUUUGUCUGGGUUGGUCAAUGUGUGGACCCUAAAGAGAAGCAAACUGUAUUUGAGAUUGGCCAAAAAUAUGUAGAUCGUGCUGGAUCCUUGGAAGGCUUGUCUCCUAAAGUCCCACUAUAUAAAAUCACCGAAGGGAACGAACCGUGCUUCUUCACCACUUACUUUUCUUGGGAUCACACUAAAGCUAUUGCGCAAGGAAACUCAUUCCAGAAAAAAGCAGCCUUGUUAUUUGGAACUCAUCAUGUUGUGGAGGAUAAGUCUAGCGGUGGAAACCAAGGACCAAGGCAAAGAGCUGAAGCACUAGCUGCCUUAAAUUCUGCCUUUAACUCUUCUACUAGCAGGACUGCCUAUUCGAGCCAGGACAGAUCAAAUGCAAGUCAAGAGGGACCAAGACAAAGAGCUGAAGCUUUAGCCGCCUUGACAUCUGCGUUCAGCUCUUCUUCAUCAUCAACUAAGUCGCCUCCACCACCAAGGCCAGUGGGGACGAGUCAGGCUUCACAGAGAGCAGCAGCAGUGGCUGCUCUCUCUCAAGUUCUUGUUGCUGAGAAUAAGAAAUCACCUGAUACCUCUCCUACAAGAAGAUCCACUAGCUCCAACCCAGCAGAUGACACCCAUCUAACUGAAGCCAAAGAUGAAGCAGAUGCUUCAGAAGAAGCUAGUCAUGAAACCAAGGAAGAAGAGGAAGUUUCAACUCCAGUAGAGGAGCCAGAAGCAAAGGAGGAGGAAACCGAAGAGCAAGAUGAUUCUGAAAGGGAAACAAGUGGAGCAACAUUCACCUAUGAACAGCUGAGAGCCAAAUCUGAGAACCCUGUGGCUGGAAUCGAUUUCAAACGCAGAGAGGCUUAUCUAUCUGAGGAAGAGUUCCAAAGUGUGUUUGGGAUGGAGAAAGAAGCAUUCAACAACUUACCACGUUGGAAGCAAGAUCUGCUUAAGAAGAAAUACGACUUGUUCUAGAACUCCUACACCAAUGGAUAAACAUCUCAAACAUCCUUUAUCACUAAUCCGAUCUUACUAUCUUCAGUGAUCGUGUGUUUAUUGGUUUUAUGUGGUCGGUUAAUUUGUUGUGGUUUGAAGAGUGUUCUUUUUUUUUUUCUUUUUCUUUCUCUAUUUCAAUUUUAUUUACUUUCUCAUGUACUUUUCUCUCAUGGGUUGGUUUGGGGUUGAUUUUUAAUAUUUUCUUACUGUUUUAUCCGAGACAGAUUUGUGAUUUUGGGUAAGAAAUUCUUUGAUUUGGAUAUUUCAUUGUUGUGAUUAUUUAGUAACAUGUAUAUUCUUACAAUCAGAUAACUCAUUUGUAGAAGAAGCUUUAUGCAUGUUUAUGAGUUGUUUAGUUUUGA